CCCGAUUAACCCGCAGAAGUGAACGCAUUUUAAUUGUCAUAGCAACGUUUGGCGGAACAUUAUAAAUAAUGACUAGGGAGUCUAGGGACGACAGUAUACAUUAGUAUUAUAGCGAUAAAUUUGGAGAAUUUAAUAACAAUUGAAAAACAUGAGUGAGCAUAUAGAGUUACAGUCUUUUAACGCUGAUUCCACAAAUGACAGUGAUAUUGAAGAAUAUCACGAGAUAGAUCAGGAUGCCUGCCUCGGAACAUCCCAUCUUGCUGCGCACAGGGCUGUGUGUUCUGAUAAUAAUAUUAAGGGAUAUGAUUUUUUUACUCAAAAUAACGUUAAAAUUGAAGGCAAAGUUAUAGAAAAGAGGAAGAAACCAAAAAAGGAAAAUAUAUCGAACAUUAUAGAUUUAAUUAGCUCAGAGUUAGCCUCCGUAGAAGUUCCAUUGAUAAAAAAUGUUAUACGCAAAGUGGAGAAUAUUGGAAAUCAACAAAAUAGUUGUUUGUCACCAGUUUCCAAUAUUAGAAAUGUUUUUAAAGAGUCACAUUCGCUAAGAGCAUGUUCCAGUAAUAGGUAUAGAAAUAAUAUUUAUAAAGUAAAUAUAAGCCCGAUAUUCCCCAGAGUUAUUGAAAAUGUUGCUACUAGAGCAGAUGGGAUCCUUGUACAAUAUGUUGAUCCAACUAUGUUUAAAGAUUUCAUUGAAACCAAUGAAAGCAAAGAAAGCAAAGAAAGCAAAGAAGCUUCUCAAUUCUUGGAUAUAGCAGUCAAGAAUUUGAGAUUCAAGCAUCAUCAUAGUUUUUCUCUGGAAAAGUUUCUUUGCCUUAAACUCGUUGAUGUAUAUAAUGAGUAUACUUUAAAACAAAAAUUCAUUAAAGAUAUAUUGAGAGAUGUUAGAGUAAACAGGGAAACGAGAAAUAACUUGAAAGAGAGUCUCCUCAAAGUACGCCCUAAGAAUAAAGAUGAUUUAAGAUUUGAUCAAACGAUUAGAAAAUAUACGGAAAAAUUAAUUCAAUUGAAAGAAAAAUAUAUUGAAGCUUUAAAACAGAAAGAUGAGUUAAUACACAAUAUGAUGGCAUUAUGGGCGGAUAUAGAAAUGGUACGAGAAAGGUCAGGGUGUAUUACUACAUCGUACGUAUUAGAUGUUACAACUAGAACUAUGGAUGAUAAGAAAUUUGAAGAUGAAUGGGAUAAAGUGUUUAACACAGAAUUUACUGAUUUAGUAUCUAAGAUAGAAUAUGAGUACAUUACAAAAUAUCUAGAGUAUAAAGAAAUGAAAAAUGGCCAGAACAAUGAACUUUUGCAGACACAAAAAUUUAUUAAGCCAAAGCUGGAAAUACAUGAAGAUUCUUUAAAGGAGCAAGUUGAAGAUUUAGUUAAUGACAUAGUUACAAAAGGGUCAAUCAAUGUUAUUCUAAAAAGCGAUGACAAUAUUUUGUCGAAAAUUGGUAAACAUAGAAAAAAUAAUUUGAUACAUAAAUAUCGCUUUCAAAUUAUGGUCGAUGAAACCUUUGUUUGUGAUUCUGAAAAUGAUACGUUUGCCAAUAAUAUUAAUGAUGAAGUAGAAUUCAACGAGUCAUUUUCAAUUCAAAUUUUGCCACAUAACAGAAUUUUAAUGAUCGUAUUAUUUGAGGAUAGUGAGCAAGUUUCGUUUAUUAAGAAGGAUUUGGUAAAUAUAAGAAAAAACUAUCAGAAUACCGAUUUUAUUGCAGAACAAUUUGUUUACAGUAAUAUUGUUGAACCGACAAUGAAUUGUAUAGGCAGUGGAUAUAACAUUAAAGAAAUAAUGAAAAUUAAUAAAGUUAAACUAAAAAGUAAGAAUUUGUUCGAAGGUAAUAUGUACACUACAUGUGAAAUUAGUUUUAAAAUAGGAUGGAAUCAUAAACUUAAAAAUAAUGAAAAUAUUAAAUCAUCAAUGGAAAUCGAAAGAUGUCUUAAAAGAAUGUUGCAUGGUAUAGACAAACCAAAUGUUGCGACACUACUAGACAUAUUGACGCAAAUGUAUGGAAGAGAUGUAGAAAAUGAUGAUAUAGUUCUAGAUAUGUUGAAAAAAUUGUGUAAACCAACCAUGAAUAAUGAAAAAGAUUUAUUUCCUCUGCCAGACAAAAACAGUCACGAGUUCAUAAGAUUCAAAUUGCUACAUCUCCGCAAUGCUGGAAGAUUUACUAAUGUUGAAAAUAAGAUUGUUCCUCUUCAUGGAAGUCAAAUAUCAACGGAUCAACUGAAAUGUCUUCAACAGAGUGACGAAAAAGAUUUCGACAUUGAAUAUAUCAAUAGUAAAUAUUUAGAGACGGAUCCCAUAGAAUUGCAAAGGUUCAUAGGUGCUAAAUAUGUACAAAAAUUGAAUAAGAAUAUGUUGAGGAAUUUGAAUGAGCAUCUGCUAAAGAAAACUCAUAAAGAUGUCGUGCGUGAUUUCAAGGAUUUGAGUUUGAGAAGUUUCUUUUCGAACAAAACGAGUUUGACAUCCUUAGCGACCAUGUCCGGCGCCACCAAGCAGCAACUGUUGUUGGAAUCCCUGGGCACGGAGCAGGAGAUUCAGGUGACAGUCCUCAAGGCGUUCAAUCUGCUCGACCGCAAGGAGGAUAUAAUUACCGAGGAUGACGACGAUGCCGAUCGAAUAGCUGGUUACAAAGUGCGUUCCUUACGACCGAUGGUGCGCGUGAGUUACCGGGGCGAGUGCGCGCAGACCGCCGCAGCGGUGGGCUGCCAUCCCACCUGGAACCAGACAAUCAAAAUUAAGGCUAAACCAGAACCUCUCUCAAGCCUAUACGUGAACGUUUACGACGUGUACAAAUCCAUCGUCCGUGAAGGCCACAGCGGUGACGGGCGCGGCACGGUCCAUUACAGAUACCACCACAAGUGGCUCGGCACAUUGCAGAUACCGCUGUAUUCAGUGCUCAGCAUGGGCGUACUCCGUGGGACUUUUAAACUGUCUUCUCCGCCACUUCUGUUUGGAUACGAGUCACCUACAGAAACACCUGAAACUCACUCCCUGAUCCCAGGAGUGACGCAACUGCUGAAAAAGAACAUGUCUUUUAUAUCACUGCAAAUAACCUCCCCUCUAUCCAACUUGGGAGGACCACAGGGCUACAACCAGCCAGUGCCAAGUGGGCCAGAUGACGACUACUUAAUAAAACAUUUGAAUAAUUUCGUCACUGAAUAUGUUAAUACUUUUCCUUUAAGAAAUAUUUCGCUUACGUUUAUAGACAGUUCAGGAAAGAACAAAUGCGUGACGCAGUUCUUACAGCCGAUACCUCUACCGGAUUAUGACUUUUUCCCAAAGAACCCAAAGAAAAUCGGUUCGGCAUUGUCCAAGAGUUCUGGGUUUUCUGGUUCCUCAUGUAAAAGUAAUGUCGGGAGCAGAUUUGAUGUGGAUCUGGAAAAGGGACCCAGCCCGACAAUCAACGAGGAGGAGUCCAUCUACAGCGCACGUGAAGGCAGCUGGCGAGGAGUCGAGAGUCAGCUGACGAAGCUGGUCGACGCGGCCGCCAGAUACGUGGCGCUGAUACCAACCUACCAGCCGGUAGAAACUCAUGCUGUUACUUUGUCGGGUUUGGAGCUGCUCCGAGUGGUGCACGGCUCGCCACUGGACCACAGCCUGCUGCUAGCGAGCUACUUCCUGUACCUGGGGCUGCGCUGCUGGGUGGCGGUGGGGCGCGGCCUGCCGCGGGCGCGCUGCAGCGGCGUGCUCACCGCCCGCCACCUGCGCUCCAGGCGGAUCGUCCUCACUACUGAUCAACUUUUCAAAAAAGGUCUUUUCAACAAGAGCGAUGGCUAUUUGUGGAAUGUACACGACGCGAGCACAGGAGAACACUACGAACUCAGAGAUGUGAGCUGUCCGUUGAAAACUGUUGAUUUUGUGUUUAACAAUGAAAACAUCUGGGUGAAUGUUCAAUCAUCUCAAGACUGUGAAAACAUGUCUUUUGAUUUCGAGAAGUCUUCUGACUGGAACGCAGUGUUUGAUAGAAAGGUAUUCGUGAUGAAGCAGCCGGUGGUGACGGACGCGGCGCUGUACUCGGCGCCGGGCGACGCGGCGCGGCUGCGGCUGGCGCUGGAGAGCGCCAUCCGCGGGAAGCUGCACAAGUGGCGCCCGCGCGUGAAGACUGUCUGGAACAGGUACUGCAGUGGGUUGCUUCGCGAACAAUUGUCGGCCUGGGAGUACUGGAGUUUCAAUCCCGGCGAGCCGCGCCCUGGGCUCGGCCACAAGAUGAAGCAGAUGAUGGCUACAUACCGGAUGUUCGGGUUUCCGCUGAACAUGAGCUACAUGAACACGAAAACCGUCAUAUCCGCGGUGAAGUCGACCAGACUACACGUGUACGACGACCCCAACGCUGAAUUCGCUUUAGCAGUUGAAGUGUACACGUAUCCUAAUAAUGUCGUUAGCUUGUGGGUAUUUCUGGCGUGCAUCACGAGAAUUUUAAGUGAUUAA